UUGUGACGCUCUUCCGGCCAGCUCAGCAUCGCGUCGUCACGUCGGGGCUCCCGUUGCCGUCGUUACUGCCGCUGCUCAGCUUUCGGGCCGUUCAGGUUGUCAAAAAAAAAAAACGAAAUAAAAGAAAAGAAAAGAAAAGAGAAGAAGAUGGUGCUGCUGACGAUGAUCGCCCGGCUGGCCGACGGCCUGCCGCUGGCCGCCUCGAUGCAGGAGGACGAGCAGUUGGGCCGGGACCUGCAGCAGUACCAGAGUCAGGCCAAGCAGCUCUUCCGGAAACUCAACGAGCAGAGCCCCACGCGCUGCACCCUGGAGGCGGGCUCCAUGGCCUUUCACUACGUCCUGGAGAAAGGCGUCUGCUACCUGGUCCUGUGCGAGGGCGGCUUCCCCAAGAAGUUGGCCUUCGCCUACCUGGAGGACCUGCAGGCCGAGUUCCACGAGCAGCACGGCAAGAAGGUGCCCACCGUGUCGCGGCCGUACUCCUUCAUCGAGUUCGACACGUACAUCCAGAAGACCAAGAAGACGUACAUCGACAGCCGGGCCCGCAGGAACCUGGGCAGCAUCAACACGGAGCUGCAGGACGUGCAGAGGAUCAUGGUGGCCAACAUUGAAGAGGUCCUGCAGCGAGGGGAGGCGCUCUCCGCGCUGGACUCCAAGGCCAACAACCUAUCCAGCCUGUCCAAGAAGUACCGCAGCGACGCCAAGUAUCUGAACACGCGAUCCACGUACGCCAAGCUGGCGGCCGGCGGCGUCUUCUUCAUCAUGCUCAUCGUUUACGUGCGCUUCUGGUGGCUCUGAGGCGGCGGGACGGACAGUACGCAAAAACAAACAACCCCCGACUAGGACUUAAGACAACGCCCGCGCUUUCCGAAUUAAGAGAAUAAAGCCUGACGGUUUUGGGACGAGUGGUUCCGCGGAGGAAAAGUCGACACGUUGGGGGGUGUCUCGAAGGCAACUGUGUGCAAAAGCAAAUCGACACCCAAACAACUCUUGCGGGAGGUGUCCAAACCUUUAAAAGGCUGCUUAAGUAUAUCUCGAAAGCUGUCUAGUUUACUCCAAAGUCGUUUAUUAGCAUUCACUGAUGUUAGAACGUGAUUAAUAAUGGAAGUAAAUAAGUGCCACAAGGAUACAGAUUUGAAUUUGAAAUUUAAAGUGAUCACAUUUUCAAUAGUUGUAUUUCUGUGUAACUUUUCAAUGUUAACAAUUCAACCGGCUACAAUUCGCCGUCUGAAAUUCACCGGUCUGUGCUACCAGGCGGGGUUACUUCAGGUCAGACUCGAACACUCAGCCAAUCGCAGUUACACUUUUAGUCACGUGACGUCACAUACGAAGAAAGCGUAACUGGGAUUGGCUGGCUGUUUGGUGUUGUAGCCGGUUGAAUUAUUAACACUGAAAUACGACUUUUGAAAAUGUGAUCAUUUUUCAUUUCAAAUUCAAAUCCCGGUGGCACUUAUUUACUUCCGUAUGACGGCAUUUAUUUGAGGAGUUUUGUGUUUUCUGAAAUGUUGACAGUCAUAUCAUAUUCCUAACUCGUAAUCCCCAGCACACGACAUUUCUGCGUCCUUUUCACUUUGUACAAAGUUUACCCGUGUAAAUUUUCCAAGGCAGUCCAGUCGCUGGCUGCCUUUUUUUGUUCCGUCUGCUAUCUUAUGAAUAAAAAGUGUUUGCACAGCG